AUGCAACGCGCUUCUUCAGCAGUAGAUUUUAAUAGUCUACUGAAUCCUCCUCAGUCUACUCAGGAAUUGGAACACCAAGCUGCGAGACAGAAAUUGGCCAUCAUCCAACAGCAACAACAACAUCAAAGAGAAGCAGAAAUGGCUGCCAUGAGUAUGAUGGCGCCAACCAUGGUCGGUGGACACCAUGGAGAUGAUCGUCAAGAUUUACCUCGACCAUACAAAUGUCCGCUGUGCGAAAAGGCUUUUCACCGUCUCGAACAUCAAACUAGGCACAUUCGAACUCAUACGGGUGAGAAACCUCACGCUUGCAUGUUUCCUGGCUGCACCAAACGAUUUUCCCGUUCGGAUGAACUCACUCGACACUCGAGGAUACACAACAAUCCAAACUCGAGAAGAAGUAACAAGGCUCAACAAGCUCCACAGAUGGGGGUUGCGAUGCAUUCAGAGUCGAUGGCUACCAUGAUGCCGCCACCAAAUAAGAACAUUACUCGAUCAGCACCAGCGUCCGCUCUUGGGAGCCCAAAUGUUUCACCGCCUCACUCAUACUCGUCGUAUAGCGGCAACUACCUUUCGAGUCUCAAUCCUCAUGGAAGAAGUUUAGGAGGAAGCCCAAAUAAUGGUCAAGCACCACUCACCGACAUCAACAUGUUAGCCACUGCGGCGACACAGGUCGAGAGAGAAAGUAGCACCACCGCAACUCAUUACUCUCAACACUCCCAACCCCGUCAUCAACCAUAUUACAGCCAUAGCAGUCACAACAGCAGGAAUCAUCUUCCUUCGCUGCAAGCUUAUGCUAUGACCAGAGCGCAUUCUCAUGAAGAAGAUGAUCAUUAUGCUCAUCGUCAUGCGAAACGUUCCCGCCCAAACUCGCCCAUGUCGACUGCACCAUCUUCGCCUACAUUCUCUCACGAUUCUCUCUCCCCUACUCCUGAUCACACUCCCCUCGCAACUCCUGCGCAUUCGCCUCGUUUGAGACCAUUCGGUGGUGGAUACGAUCUGCCAGGUAUUAGAAAUCUGUCUCUUCAUCACACUCCUGCUCUUGCACCCAUGGAACCUCAACAUCUUGAUGGUCAAUAUCACUCUACUGCCACUCCUACCCCGCCAACUACGAGCGCUCCAAGAACAGGUCUUACCAUCUCUGAUAUCAUGUCGAGAACGGAUGGUAGCACGAGAAAACUACCAGUUCCUCAAGCUCCGGUCGCUGUACAAGAUCUGUCGAGUCCAGGUGAAAUUGGCUUCAAUACCAGUGGGCAGAGUAGUACCACUGGUAGUGUUGCUGGAAAUGACCUCGCUGAUCGCAUGAUUUGA